AUGCCUGUAACGCGUAGUCACAACACCAACAGUCGCCAUGAGAAGAACGAGAGGGAGCCAGUCGACCGUCGUCUCGAACAGGAUAGGGAGGAGCGCGCAGUCGCCCGCGAAGUACCCCUGGAGGCGGACAGAGUUGUCGGCUUCACGCCCAGCCCCCCUUCUUCGUCCCAGUCUGUCCCCAAAACGCCAGUCAAUCAGAUCCACGGAACACCUGUUACGCCACCCAAACCCUCCAAAGACGACGAGCCAGUCGCAAGAGAGAAACCAGAAGGACUCAGAGAGCUCUUGAACCGAUAUGUUCCCCCGUUGGCGAGGAAAUGGACAGUGUCUGAUGAGAGGCCGACCUCCCCUCGAACAGCCAUCGUCAGUGGUGGUACCCGGUCGCAGAAACAGGGUCGCUCCCAUCGAUACGCCCCAUACAAUAGGUACGAAAUGACUCCUAGCUGGCUAGGGUCGCCUUUCGCCAUUUUGGAAUCGAAUCCGAGCUCAAGUUCAAGGCGGACAUCUGGAAGAUCAGCCAGAUCGAUUGAAUGGGUUCAGAACGAGAAUACUGGAAGCAAGAACGAGGAGAAGCAGCAAAAUUAA